AUGGGCAAUGUUGUGAGGCGAGUCCUUGGUAUCAUACGAGAGGAAUUGGACGAGGACCGCGCAGGAGAGUCAGGCGAGUCGAGUGAGAGUCAAAUGUUCAAUUCAGCGGGAACCAAUUCAGGUCUACAUCGACCUGCACGACCUUUGCCCAAGACCGCUGGCCAGGCACUUACUCACGAAACACAAGCUUUACUCGGCGAAUCUAAUGCCCCGCCGACGAAAACGUCUAUGUUGAGCCUACUGUCCCAUUCGCCAUACGGUGAAGUCUCUCACGUAGCGCAAGUAAUUGCCAUCCCACAAAGCCUGCUCCUACAGGAAGGUAGAUCAACGGGCGCUACCAACGCUGCGGAUGACUUAAAAUCAGAGGUCGUUGAGGGGAUCGAUGAGCUCCUUGAUGAGUUAAGACAAGCUGAUGACCAAAUCGCUACAUACGCUUUGGAGCAAAUCCACUCUCGGGAAAUAAUAUUGACAAAUUCGACAACAAGGACAACCCAAAAGUUCCUACUCAAGGCAGCUUCCAGGAGAAAUUUGACGGUCAUACUGGUGGAGAGCUUUCCAAACAGUCAUCGUUCGGCGUACGAGAUCCUAACAGGGCGCCCAAAAGGUAAUAGUAGGAGCGGGGAGCAGAUGAACAGGGCUCUGACCGCCGCUGGAGUCACAGUCAUCUUUGCAGCUGAUUCGAUCGUCUUUGGCCUAAUGACCCGUGUCACGAAAGUCAUACUUGAUGCGAACAUCAUCUUUGGUAGCGGGAGCUCGGUGACCUUGGUGGGGAGCAAGCUUAUUGCUAGGGCGGCGAAAUUGCACCGGUCGCCAGUAUUGGUCCUUGGCGGCGUCUACAAGAUCAGCCCUGACUAUCCCUUCAAUGUUAAUAGCCUGAUGGAAAACGGGGAACCGUCGGCAGAGGUCUCCUGCAUGGAUGAUUACUUGCCAGGAGAGAUUGAGGUAGGCAAGCCCCUGUUCGACCACAUUCCGGCGGAUUUGGUAGAUUUGUACAUCACCAACGUAGGCAGCUAUGCUCCCGCAACGCUGUACUCCGUCGUAAACGACCACUAUCGAGCAGAGGACACAGAUCUAGAUUCAGUAUAG